AUGGCAUCCUCAGCGCCGACGUCAGCUACUGGCCGGGCUCAAAACCCCAUCGGCAGACGCAACCCCAUUAAGUUCUUCGCGUUGACCUGUAUCCUUCUGUUGAGUUUCCGAUUUCUCAGCCAGAAGUACCACAUCCACAACCUCACGAAGGACGGCUCCGCACUGAAAGUGGAUCAAGAGGGACUUAUCGCCCACAUGAACCACAUCAAGCGAUGCAUCCUGGCCGAAGGAGCUCUCAAGUCAACGGGGGCUUUUGCGGCCAGACACCGGCUCCUCCUCGGAGAUGAAAGCAGUUAA